GCACCUCUCGCACAAAUAAUACUUAAGACUAAAUAACACUGAAGUUAAAUCGACAAAAUAUCCAAGGGGACCUCACUGACGGAACCGAGGUACUGACGUAGUGUGUUGUCCACCAGAUGGCGUUGUCGUUUUACGGACCUGUUCAUACAUGGGAAUCGCAUCGCCGUAUAUUACAUCAACGUUGCCCCUGAGAUCCUCAGUUAAAAAAGAAAAUCAACUGUCAUUGCCCAUAUUACAGAUUUAUGUAGCAGAGGGAUAAUAUAAUUGAUAUCAAGAAUUGAAUGUGUACACACCACUAGGGUGGCAAAACUGUCUGGGUUAAUCUGAUAUACAGCCACUUAUCAGGAAAAAGACCCAUAAUAGGUGCGUCAAACUUUCUUCCCUCACGAGUGUGUGUGCGUGUGCGUGCGCGUGCUCGCGCCAACUAUUUUGCAUGAGCAUGAUGAUGGGGCGUAUACCCAUGGUGGGUAUAUUGUGCGUAACGGAGACGGAGUGCAGUUUACUGUAGGCUCGUGCGCGCACAGAUCUCCUGUCACUUGAAGCUACACCACUAGCAGUGAACACAUUCAGAAAAUGGUACGUCUCAAACAAUGUGUCAGUUUGCGUGGUUAGGCAACAAUUAGUGAACUUUGUCGUUUUGAGUAAGACAUCUCUACGUUUUUACGAUUGUCAUCUCUCAUCACGUUCCUAAACUCAAAGUCCUUGGAGGAGGCGGGAAGUGACAGCAACCCGCCAAGAGAACAGAGCUAUUGAAAUCCUAUCAGAAGUGUCAGAGGGAACAGUUUCAUCCACUCUUCCUACGCAUCGCUUGGAGUACACAACCCGCCGUUCAUCGAAACUGGAGCUAUUCUGUCAAAGUUCGGGUGAUGUUGAUGUCACACUCAAAUUGUCGAUUUGUUAUUGUGCCCAUGGAUUAUCGGGCGUUGCUCUGAAACCCUGGCCGGGAUUGAGGUAAUCCCAGGAAGCGGGACACCAGGAUGAACGAGAGAGCGGUGCAGAGGGCUGUCACUCGGGCAAUACUGCUGCUGUUCUGCAUGGUCACCAUCUGGAGAUUACCGGGGGGGACGGAGGGCUACAGAGAGCACAGUGUGAUAACGGGUACCUGUGAGGUGGUGGCUCUGCAUAGGUGCUGCAAUAAGAACAAGAUCGAGGAGCGCUCGCAGACAGUGAAGUGCUCCUGCUUCCCGGGGCAGGUGGCCGGGACCACGCGAGCAGCACCUUCCUGUGUGGACGCAUCCAUUGUGCAGCAGAAGUGGUGGUGCCAGAUGCACCCCUGUCUGGAUGGAGAGGAGUGCAAAGUUCUCCCCGAUCUCAAAGGCUGGAGCUGUGCCAUGGGCAACAAGAUCAAGACCACCAGGAUUUCGUCGGACUGAGAUCAGCUGUGGUAACGCUGAUCCGACUCAGAUGGGGGGUGCUGGAGAGUGGAUCCACAGAUGAAUAGUGAUCUCUUGGUUCAAUCUUUUUUUAUUGUCCUGGUCUGAUGGUUGUCCAGCAGAAGAAGCUUUUUUUUUUUUUUGUAAAUACAGACCCAAGGACUCUAAGGACUGCCAUACCCCUGGCAGAUGGACACAUUCAUGGACAGUGAAGUGACUGCGAUUUGUGGUGCCAUGGGAUGUAUCCUGUCCUUUGAAGAGAACCAUUCUUUGUGUAGUGGGUGACAGAGGUGUGCUGUAUCUUUGCAUAUGCAAUAUUUGUCAAGCAAAAACACGAAAACGAAAAACUCUCAAGAGUAGAAGAACAAUCUCCUCCCUGGACUUCAUUGGGAGGGUGAAAGAAUCAAAUUAGCUGAAGUGGAGACGUAUAGAUGGGGACUGUGUACAGUACAUUUAGUUAGACACAGCGUCCUCCGACAUAUUUAUCACUGGGAGAUCAAACAAACUGGCCUGAACCCAGUGACGACUUGAAGGUCGAUGAAUGUUGAUGGUUUUGUUUAAUUUUUAUUGUCCUAAAUAAUGAUUAUUCGUUAUUUGAAUGUAAAGACGCGUAUAGUAGUUGUGUGAGAUGCAGCUCUUUCUGUUCAGUUACUCCUUGGGUCCCAUAGCAAGGCCUGGGUGAAGGUGAUGAUGUCAUCUUUUGUAUCUGUCCAUUUUCUCCCCAUUGUUAGCUGGUUACUUUUAAGCUGGUGUCAUUAUGGCUUCCAUCCUUU